AUGUCACCGACCCUGACUAAAGAACAAGUCGCCCGCAGGAAGGAAUAUCUCAAAUACCGAGACAAGAUGUAUUCAAUCGAGAAAGACGAGCUCUUUCCGCUUCUCGAGCAACGGUUCGAUAUGUGCAACAAGGUCUGCGACAGGUCCGAGAUUGAAGGCCUUUUAGAGCCUUAUCGAGAUGCAUAUCGACCAAAUACCACUCCGCAGAAGAUCUCGGAGAUAAUUCAGCUGAUUGAACUGACCAUCAAAUUGUCCCUGUUACAGCGGCUUCCGGUGGGUUCAAGGGAUUAUUAUAAGGAGUUCGGUCUUGAGAGGCUGUGUGAGGAUGUUACACGUCUUUAUGGGGUUGUUGAAUUGUAG